UUUGUUUGAGGAGCGGUGGCCGCAGCUCAUCCUCUGGCAGGAGCGGAAGAUGCAGGACUCUGCGUAGCAGGUUUCUGAGCAGCCGCUGACGGCUCAGCCCCGCUGGAUCCGGCCGUGCAGGAGGAUACCAUGAACUGAGCAAGGAGCGACGCAAAACUCUCUUUUUUUUUUUUUUUUUUUUUUUUUUUUUUUUUUUUUGUUUUGGCUUUUUUUCGUUUGUUUUUCAUCCGGAAAAAAGCCCCCCACGCUCUUUAAUGAAAGCGUUUUAAAACGGCGUUACUUUUCCUCUCCCCUGAACCGAAGUCGUCCCGGGUGCGGUGAGGAUUUCCGGAGAAGAUGGGGAGAAAAAAGAUCCAGAUCCAACGGAUCACGGACGAGCGCAAUCGGCAGGUGACCUUCACCAAGCGCAAGUUUGGCUUGAUGAAGAAAGCCUAUGAGCUGAGUGUCCUGUGCGACUGCGAGAUCGCCCUGAUCAUCUUCAACCACUCCAACAAGCUGUUCCAGUAUGCCAGCACCGACAUGGACAAGGUGCUGCUCAAGUACACCGAGUACAAUGAGCCCCACGAGAGCCGGACCAAUGCGGACAUCAUCGAGACGUUAAGAAAGAAAGGUUUUAACGGCUGUGACAGCCCGGAGCCCGACGGCGAUGACUCGAUAGACCAGAGCCCCUUGAUGGAGGAUAAAUACCGGAAAGGCAGCGAGGAUCUGGAUAUCCUGUUCAAGCGAUACGGUGCGCUGAACAAGAAGCACAGGGAGUGCGAGAGCCCGGAAGGGGAUGAAGUGUUUGCGUUGACCCCGCAGACGGAGGAGAAAUAUAAAAAGAUUGAUGAGGAGUUUGAUAAAAUGAUGCAGAGUUACCGGCUCGCAUCCGCAGUGCCCGCUCCGAACUUCGCCAUGCCCGUGACGGUGCCGGUGACCAACCAAAACACGCUGCAAUUCAGCAACCCGGGCAGCUCGCUGGUGACCCAGUCCCUGGUGACCUCCUCGUUGACGGACCCCCGGCUCCUCUCGCCGCAGCAGCCGGCACUGCAGAGAAACACCGUGUCCCCGGGGCUGCCACAGAGGCCGGCCAGCGCAGGGGCGAUGCUCGGGGGAGACCUGAACAACACGAAUGGAGCCUGCCCGAGCCCCGUGGGAAACGGCUACGUGAGUGCCAGAGCCUCUCCGGGUCUCCUUCCCGUGUCCAACGGCAGCAGCUUGGGCAAGAUCAUCCCAGCCAAGUCCCCGCCACCGCCCUCCCACAGCACGCAGCUCGCCACCAACAGCCGCAAGCCGGAUUUACGCGUGAUCACCUCGCAGAGCGGCAAGGGGCUAAUGCACCAUUUGACGGAGGACCACUUGGCUCUGCAGAAUACGCAGCGGUUAGGUGUCUCCCAAGCAACUCACUCUUUAACCACACCGGUUGUUUCUGUGGCUACUCCGAGUUUGCUGACGCAGGGGCUGCCUUUCUCUGCCAUGCCCACAGCAUACAACACAGAUUAUCAACUGACGAGCGCUGAGUUGUCUUCGCUGCCAGCAUUCAGCUCACCUGGUGGGCUGUCCCUUGGCAACAUCUCUGCCUGGCAGCAGCAGCAGCAGCAGUGGCCGGCGCAGCAGCAGAAAAAGCAGCAGCAACAGCAGCAGCAGCAGCAGCAGCAGCAAGCAGCAACAGCAGCAGCAGAGCAGCAGCAACAGCAGCAGCAGCACCUGGUUCCCGUAUCACUAGGAAAUUUAAUACAAGGGAGUCACUUGUCCCACACCACCACUUUGACUGUCAACACCAACCCCAACAUCAGCAUCAAGUCGGAGCCCGUCUCGCCCAACCGGGAAAGAAACACUGCCACCCCGCUCAGCACCUUCCCCCACCAGCCCCGGCACGAGCCCACCGGCCGCUCGCCAGGCGACAGCCUCAGCAGCAACACCAGCUCCUACGAAGGCAGCAGCGAGCGGGACGAUCCCGCCCGCCCCGAUUUCGGCUCAUCCCUGGGCCUCCUGCGACCCACCAGCGAGCCCGAG